CUAGUAGCGUCCUCUUUGUGAUUUUAUAUCCGCGAAGAUUUUGUGCAGACUUCCAAAGCAGACGGAGUGUUGAUGUCCCAAAACCUUUCGCAGAGUCGCUGGCUCAAAUCUUACAUCCUUCCCACCUCACUCCUAGUGAACUAACGCCAUGGCAAAGCCAACUUUCCUGAACUGAACUGAAUUCAUGGUGAAGUCCCUCUUGGAGCUGUUUGUCUUGGUGAAUUCAGUUGCUGCAGAGGUCACCUGUGCGGCGUCGCCACCGGCGACGUCCGCCUCGCUGGUGCAGACGAAGCGUCCAGUCAUCAAGGUACACGCCAUCAAAGAGCCGGAGAGGAAAGCUUCCCACCAGUUCACGCGCUAUCCUCAUGUGGCGAACGUCCAGCACCCUUCUGGCCCGGAAGCGAUUACACCAGCGAGCUUUCGUCCUGAUGCUUUGCUGGUGUUCUGGCCGACUCUAUCACUGGCCUUAACAUUCUGCAGUGCGCUGGCAAUUCUGGCCAUGACUGUGAGGGACAAAGCAGCGAUCGCUUGCCAGACACAGCCAGGCUAUCAGAGAUCAUUUGAGCAACGUCUUGGUGUUUGGGAUGCCAGCCUGGCCAUUUUCUCUGGCGUCAUGGGUGUGGGCGUCUUGUCCAUGCCAUAUGCUAUGUCCCGUGCCGGUUUCAUCGCUGCCCCGCUGAUCUUACUUGUAGUUUUGUGCUCCGCUUAUACUGCACACCUAUUGGUCUGGGCACUGCAAGCGCAACCUUCGCUACCGCUGCUGGCAGGGAACAAAGGCAUUGCACCUGACUUCUUCUUGGAACGAGCAUGCGAGGCAUCAAGGUCCAAGCUCUACACCUGGGGCUCUUUAGUCGAGAAUGCCUUUGGCUCGCGGGCAUGCAUAGCUGCGAACAUCUUCCUUUCUCUGGAAACUUGGGGGUAUUUGUUGAGCUACAUCGUUGGAGCUUCUAUGAACAUCAGUCAACUUCUUGGCGAUGAGAAAUCCAGAAAUUUGGCUGUGCUUCUCUCUGUGGCCUUUGCCUACAUGUUGGCUACACCGCGAAGCAGGUUGAAUUUGGUGUCCAACUGCGCCUACCUUUGCUGCUUCGUGAUGCUGAUCGUCUCUGGGUUGCUUCUUCCCCAGCCAGCACCGUGGAGUGAGCUGAAAAGCUUCGACAGCCGAGGGCUCUUCUCGGUCGCGGGAAUUUUAGUGUUCAGCCCGGCUGGGCAUGCCUUCUUCCCCGACAUUCAGAGACGGAUGCGACAACCAGAGCUGUUUCCAAUUUGUUUACGAAGGGCCUAUGGCGCUGCUGCUGUCCUAUACCUUGCUGUGGGACUUGCAGGCUACUUGCUCUUCGGUUCUUCUCUACAGCCGAGUGCCGUCCAAAAUGUGGGAUGGACUCGGGACUUCCAGCCACUUCCAAAGAUGCAUUGGCUGGCUGCAGCUUCUGCUGUAGCUAUGGCAAUACGCCUCGUAGUGAUGCAGGCCUUCGUGCUGCCUACUUUGACCUCCUCCUUGCAGCAACUUCUGGGUACAUCCCAGACAGUUCAAGGUUCUUUGCUGCCCUGUAUACUAGCCGCUUCUGGAGGAGUGGCCGCCUUCUUUUCAGCCCAAGUGGCACUGUUGCUCAACUUCUUGGGCGGCGCCAUUUGUGCGCAUAUCGCAUUUACAAUGCCAGUACUGUGCUACUGGAAGCUCUCCAGGCAGUCGCGAGCACUUUCAUGGAGUGAGCAGGCACACGAUCGUGUCGCGAUCAUUCGGGAUAGUGUCGUCACCGGAUUGUGGACCCAAUGAGGACCCUUGAGCGAUCUGAGGACCCUUGAGCGAUCUGAGGACCCUUGAGCGAUCUGGGAAUGUCGUCCCAAAAUGUCUA